AUGAAAGAAGUAAUCAACCUCAUCGGGCCAGCCGUCAAGAUUGUAGACAGUCCAAUUCCCGAACCCAACGAUGAUCAAGUUUUGAUCAAGGUGGUGGUAUCUGGGUCCAACCCCAAGGACUGGAAGGUCCCGGAGUACGCUGCUGCUGCGGGCUCUAGCCUACCUAUGUUUGAGGCAGUUAAGAAUGGUGUGAAUCAGGGAGAUGACAUUGCCGGCAUCGUUGAGAAGGUUGGCGCAAAUGUAGUGGAGUUCAAGCCGGGCGAUCGUGUCGCCGCCUUCCAUGAGAUGUGCGUGCCUCAUGGCUCCUAUGCUGAAUAUGCCAUUGCGUGGAGUCACACGACUUUCCAUUUGCCCAAGACCACGUCCUUCGAAGAGGCCGCAACCCUUCCUCUCGCGGCCUUGACCGCGGCCGUCUCCUUGUACGGACACCUCGAGCUCCCGGCGCCCUGGACCCCUACUGAGACUCCCACGCCAUUCGUCAUCUACGGUGCCAGCACGGCCGUCGGCUCUUUCGCUAUCAAACUGGCGCGCAACAGCAACAUCCACCCUAUCAUUGCCAUCGCAGGCAAAGGCGCACCCUACGUUCAAGGCCUCCUCGACCCAAGCAAAGGCGACACAGUCGUGGAUUAUCGCCAAGGAGUCGCGGCCACCAUCCAAGCCAUUAAGGAAAGCCUCCAGAAAUCCGGCCAUUCUUCUGCGCGCCAUGCCCUUGACACCAUCGCCUCCGAGGACAGCGCAGAGGUUGUAAGAAACUCGGUGGCAGAAGGCGGCAAGGUCGACUUUGUGCUGCCGAAUGAGCUGGACGUGUCUCCUGCCGUGAAGACGAUCACAUCAGUUGGCUCUGUUCAUAAUCAGCCUGGAUUUGGUACCCAUGAGAACUACGAGGAUCUCGGUCAGGUGUUCUCGCGGUACUUUACGCGGGCCUUGCAAAAAGGCACCUUUUCUGCUCAUCCUUAUGAGGUGAGGCCUAGAGGUUUGGAGGGUGUGGAGGAUGCUUUGAAGGAUCUGAAGGCAGGCAAAGCAAGUGCAGUGAAGUAUGUCUUCCGCAUUGCGGACACGCCGGGUCUUGCUUGA